AUGGAUUGUACUCAGGCACAGAAAGUUCGCUAUGGGACACAUAUGCUAGUUGUCGAAGCUGACGACUGGUGGCUAGCAACGCGCCAGAGACUAGAAGCUGCAGGUGAAGAGAUCACUUGGGAUGUGUUCCGAAGAGAACUUUUAAGAAAGUAUUAUCCUGAGAGUGUCCGUGGUAAGAAAGAAAUUGAGUUCCACGAACUGAAACAAGGGAACAUGUCAAAAGCUAUAGGGUAUCAGCAGAUCCGCGUUUUCCCUAACUUGGUAGACAGCUGCAGAAUCUUUGAGGAAGAUAAUGCUGCUCACUAUAAGAUUGUCAGUGAUAGAAGAGGCAGGCAGAAUCAGCAACGUGGCAAGCCUUAUGACACUCCAGCUGGCAAGGGCAAACAAAGAGCUGUUCCGGGCCAGAGAACAAGUGGGGGAGGUGCUCCUGCUCCGAUUGUGUGUUUUAAGUGUGGGAAGGCUGGUCAUAAGAGUACUUACUGCACUAAUGAUGUUAAGAAGUGUUUUCGUUGUGGCAAGAUUGGUCAUACGAUGUCUGAAUGUAGACAUAAAGAAGUGGUGUGUUUUAAUUGCGGCGAAGAAGGACACAUUGGAAGUCAAUGUCAGAAACCAAAGAAGGCAUAA